GCAGCAGCAGCCUCAGCAUCAGCAGCCGCAGCAUCAGCCGCCUCAGCCUCAGCACCACUACAACCACUUGAACGCCGCCGUGCUGAGCGGCGGUCUCAGCAGCAGAAGGCGCAGCAGAAGCAGCGUUCCAAGAGUAGCGACGUUCCCGCCACCUACAAGCGAGGACAAAUUCCCAAGUACCUGCAGGCGCGGCGCAUGGAGCAGGCGCGCGCGGAGGCGGCGGAGGAGGCGCGGGAUCCGUGUUGUCCUGAGCGCCACACGCGCCUCCCUGACCACCAGCGCCUCGCUACGCUGCGCCUCCUGCAUACCAGCAUCCAGGAGGUGGUGCGCGAGCUGAGCGCGCUGCCCGUGGCGCAGGAUACGCUGCGCGUGCGCGCACGACGCGCGCAACUCGAGGACAAACUCCUGCAGCUCGAGGAUGGCGUUAGGAUCUUCACGCAGCCUGUCGUGUACGUCAUGACUGAUGACUGACUCA